AUGAUAAAAAUAGGAAUGCAAAAUGAAUCAGUGCAAGGAGACGAAGAAAAUGAUGGGCUAGUAACAGCUAAAGAACUUUUUGAAACCCAUUUAAAAGUUGAUGAUAGGAUUAAAUUAAUAUUUAAAAAUUUUAACUCUCAAGAAUAUGUUGAUAAUCUUAUGGAAAAUAAAUUAAAUGAGGAAAAUGAAAAUAAUAAGGAAGGUGAAAUGGGUAGCAACGUUAAAGAAGGGAAUGAUGAAAAUGGAGAAGAGGAAUGGGUAGAUGAACAAGAACGAAUAGAUUAUAAAAAAGAAUUAAAUUUUUUAAAGGAAAAUCCGUUACAUAUAAAUAGAUGGAAUAAUUUUUUAGAAGCAUAUGAUAGGGAAGAAGCUUAUGAACCCUUUUUGCUUAUCUUCCCAAGGUGUGUUAAUUAUUGGAUAAAAUAUGCAGAAUUAAAAAUAAAAAAAAAAAAAUAUAAAGAAGCAUAUAAUAUAUAUCGUAAAUGUAUAAAUUCAAAUAUAUAUGAUUUAAAAUUAUUUAUAUCGUUUUUAUAUUUUACAUAUCAUACGUCAUCAAUUCAUGAAUAUAUCAGUUUUUUAUUUGAAGCUUUAAAAUAUGUAGGAACAGAUAUAAAAUCUGGUUAUAUAUGGGUUGAAUUAUUAUACAUAUUAAUAAAAAUAUAUAAUACUAAUUUAUUGUUAAAUAAUGAUAUACAAAAUUUAUUAUAUGACCCAUUUAAAAAUAUAAAUCAUAAUAAUCGAAAGAAAAAUGAAAAUAAAGUAUUAAUACCUUCAGAGCAGGAACAAAAAAUAUAUAAAUCUUAUAUACCUAAAAAAAGUGCUAACAUAAAAUAUAUAGAGCAUUAUACAAGUGAUGAUAAAUUGAAAAAAUAUUACUUGAGCUGGUUAAAUAAUCCAACAAAAUUUUUAGAUAAAGUAUGGAAAGGGUUUUGUUCAUAUGAAAAGACAACAAGUCUCAAUUUUACUAAUAGCUCAUUAUUUACAUAUAAUAGUCAGUAUACAAAUUCUAAAAAUGCAUAUAAAGAAUUGUGUAUGUUAUAUAAAGAAUUAUAUAAUUUAAAAAAAUCGAAAACAGUUAUAAUACCUAUUAAUAGUGUAAAAUGUAAAAUGGAAAAUAAUUUAUUAUAUAAAAAAUGGAUGAAGAUUAUAAAUUUUGAAAAAAAAAACCCUCUUAAAUUAAAGCUAUCAUUAGUACGUAAAAGAAUUAUGUAUGUUUAUGAACAAGCUUUAAUACAUUUACAGUUUAAUAGUGAUUUAUGGUUUUCUUAUUUUCAAUUUUUAUUACUAAAUAAAAAAUAUGAUUAUGCUAUUCGAAUUAUGAGAGAAGCAAUUGAAAUUUAUCUACCUUUUGAUGAGUUGCUAAAAUUAAAUUUUGCAUAUUUUUUUGAAAAAAACUCAUUAAUAAAUCAAGCACAUUUUAUAUAUCAACUAAUGAUUAAUGAUAUUACGAAAAAAAAAAAAAAAUUUUCUUUAAGUUAUUUAUAUUCAAAAAAGGUAUUUAAAAAUUUGCCAUAUUCCUAUAUAAAAGGUAAGGGAAGGAAAAAACGAAAAAGAAAACCAAAAGACACAAACUCCAAUUUGUGUAAUAAUGAUGAAGAAGGUGAUAAAAAGGAAUUAGCUGAGGAGGAACAACAAGCAAAGAAAGUAAAACUGGCUGACUCAGAAAUAGAAAAUGUUGAAAAUGUUGAAAAUAUCGAAGGGGAAAAUAUAAAAGAAAACAAUGAUGAUGUAAAAUUAGAGGAAAUACCAUUUAUGGUUGAUGAAUAUAUAAAGAAAAGAUUUAACCAAUCCGAUUAUGAACAAAUAGAUGAAAGAAAAAAAUAUUUUGUGAAAUAUAUCAAUAUAGACAAGAAUAAAAAACGAGAUUUUGUUUUUACACAUUUUUUAAAUUUUAUUAAAAGAAAUUAUGAUGAAACAAUUUGGAGAUAUUAUGUUGGAAUUAUUUUAAAUGAAAAAAAAUGUUCACAAUAUAUGUAUUAUUAUUGUGCAAAUAUGGAAAGAAGAUUAUUAAAUAAUGAAAAAAGAGCUACAUAUAUUAUGAAUGAAGGUUAUGAAAAAUAUUCGAAAAAAAAAAAAUUUAUUUUAUAUUAUAUAAGUUUUCUUUUAGAGAAAGGUAGUAUUGAUAAAAUUCGAUGUUUAGUUUAUAAAUUUAUUCAUAAUAUAUACUCUGAUUUUUAUAAAGAAUAUGAUAAAAAAUAUGGUGGAAAUAAUAAUAUAGGUUCUGGUAAUCCAUCUGGUAUUGACAACAGUAGUAAUAAAAAGGAUGGAAAAACAAAAAUGACGCAAAAUGAGUUUAAUCAAUUUGAAUCACGUUAUUUAAAAUUAUUAAAAAAAAAAAAUAAAGCAUGUGAAAAAAUUUGGAAUUUAUUAACACAGUUAGAAAUAUUAUAUGGAGAUAUCCAACAUAUAAAUAAAGUAUAUGAGACUAAAUUAAAAUAUGAGUCAGGUUAUAAUUUUGAUGAAAAUAAAAAUAUUCUUUUAAAUUUUGGAACAAUUUCGAAACAAAAUGAAAUGAUGAUGUUAGAAGAUAAUUCUAUUACUGAUAUACUUUGUAAAGGAUAUUUGGAAAAUUUAAAAAAAAAUGAUGUUGAUAAUAUAUCAUAUAAAAUAAAUUUAAUUAAUUCUCAGUUAUUUGCUGGGACAUCCUUUAAGGAUACCUUCUUUUUUUUCCAUCCAGGAAAUAGUAUUAACGUUUUAUCGACGUCACCUUUUAAUAAUCUUAAAAAUGAAAAGAAAAAAAAAAAAAAAAAAAAUGAUAAAUAUGACAAGGAAAAUGAUAAAGCAUUCAAUAUUGACCAACAAGAAUAUAAAGAUGAUUCAAAUUAUGGUGAUGAAAAUGUACCAAUAAGAACAGGUUUAUAUAAAAAUGUUGGAAAAUUCAAAAGAAAUAUUAAAAAUGAAGAUGAUAUGGCUAGUUCAAAUGAAAAAGAGCACUCCCUAAAUACCAAAAAAAAAAAAAGUUUAUAUAAUAAAAAUAAUCAAAUGAAUGCUACAUAUGAUUCAUUUAACUUUUUGGAUGCGGAAUAUUAUACAAAAAAAAAAAAGAAGAAAAAAAGUACCAAUAACAAUAAUACUAACGAUAAUGUUGGCGAUGGAACCGGAGAAUUAUCGAAAAACAUGGAAGGGAAUAAUCCAGUUAAUUAUAUAAGUAGACCAGAUUUAAAAAUGAUGUCUAUAUAUAAGCCUUUUGAAAAUAUUGAGCAUUUAGAAGAAGGUGAAAAAGGUGUAGGAACAAAUGUGAAUAAUAGAAAUACAAGACUUAAUGAAAAUAAAUUUUUUAUGAAUAAAUUAAAUAAGGGACAAAAAUUUGAAGAUACAAAACUCUUUUUAAAAAGAGAAUAUUUCGCAAUGCCAAAUAUUAUAAAUGAUUUUUUAAGUUUAUUGCCUGAGGAAAAUUCAAAUUUAAAAUUGUCAGACAAUUCAAUCGAUUAUUUGAUGGAAUCAUUACAGAAUUUGUUUAUACCAAAAUUAAAGGACUUUCCCUAUGAGCCCAUACCAGUAAAAGAUAUUAUUAAGCUUAAAGAAGAAUUAGAUAGCUAG